AUGGCAAUCGUCAAAGCUACGUUGGAGCGAGACAUCAAGGAGUACAUCGCGGCCUGCAGUACCUGUGUCCGUUCUAAAACCUCCAACCGGCCCCCCUCUGGACUACUGUUACCCUUGCCCACGCCUAGCCGUCCCUGGUCCCACAUCUCUGUGGAUUUUGUUACUGGGCUUCCACCGUCCCAGGGCCAUACGUUACCUACAGCCGUGGAAACUGCCGACGCUCUUAUUCAUCACGUCUUCCGUCAUCAUGGGACACCCAGUGACAUCGUAUCCGAUCGUGGACCGCAGUUCACAUCUCAAUUUUGGAAGGCCUUCUGCUCCGCCCUCGGAGCCAUGGAAUUGGAUCUGGCAGUGCACUCAGUCCAGCUCCACCUCCAACGGUGUCGGGACAUCUGGCUGCAGACCAGGGCGGCUUUCCUCCGCACUAAGGAGAGCAACUGCCAUAUCACCAACCGUCACAGGGGGGCUUCGUCCUGCAAGCAGUCUCCUAAGUUUAUUGGGCCCUACACUAUUGACUGUGUCAUCAACCCUACGUGUGUCGGGCUACGUCUCCCGGCAGCCCUCAAGGUUCAUCCCACGUUUCACGUUUCCCAAAUCAAGCCAGUCACCGAGAGUCCGUUGUGCCCACCAUCCACUUCCCCACCACCCGCCCGUACCAUCGACGGCGCCCCUGCUUUUGCCGUCGACAAGACUUUGGACGUUGGGCGUCGUGCCCAAACCCUCUAUGAUCAAAUGUUGUCCUUAACCUGUUGCGUUUCUACAUGGUUUGAACGUGUGAGCAUGAUGGUGAUCUUGCUGAACUGUGUCACCCUGGGAAUGUACCAGCCGUGUGAAAACAUUGACUGCUCUUCAGAACGCUGCCAAACACUACAGGCAUUCGAUGCAUUUAUUUACAUCUUUUUUGCUCUGGAGAUGAUCAUAAAGAUGGUAGCUCUUGGAAUCUUUGGCCGACGCUCCUACCUUGGAGACACGUGGAACCGACUGGAUUUCUUCAUCGUCAUGGCAGGGAUGGUUGAAUAUUCCUUGGACCUGCAGAAUAUGAACCUCACCGCCAUCCGAACUGUGAGAGUACUGCGACCUCUCAAAGCAAUUAACAGAGUGCCAAGCAUGCGAAUCCUGGUGAACCUGCUGCUCGACACUCUGCCCAUGCUGGGUAAUGUCCUUCUUCUUUGCUUCUUCGUUUUCUUCAUCUUUGGCAUCAUUGGAGUGCAGCUGUGGGCGGGGCUGCUGAGGAACCGUUGCUACCCGGAGGAAAACUUCACACUCACCACCGGUAUCAGCCUUCCUCAGGAAUAUUACAUGCCAGAUGAGGAUGAUGAGCGGCCCUUCAUCUGCUCACUGCCCAUAGACAACGGUAUCAUGUCCUGCAUGGAUGUUCCAGCGCGCCGUGAGGGAGGCAGGGUGUGCUGCCUGGACAAGGACGAUGUGCUUUAUCGACAGUUACUUGGUCUGAGCCCUGAACCGCUGACCAAUGGAAGUGUCAGUUUAGCCGGACUGUGUGUCAACUGGAAUCAGUAUUACACCAGGUGCCAUACUGGAAGCAGGAAUCCCCACAAAGACGCCAUAAACUUUGAUAACAUCGCAUAUGCGUGGAUUGUGAUCUUUCAGGUGAUCACUCUCGAGGGCUGGGUGGAGAUCAUGUACUAUGUUAUGGAUGCUCAUUCCUUCUAUAACUUCAUCUACUUUAUUCUACUCAUAAUAGUUGGUUCCUUUUUCAUGAUCAACCUGUGCCUCGUGGUCAUCGCCACUCAGUUCUCAGAGACCAAGCAGCGAGAGCAUCAACUGAUGCAGGAGCAGCGGGCUCGGUGUUCCUCCUCCUCAACGCUAGCCAGUGAACCAGGGGACUGCUAUGAGGAGCUGUUUCAGCUCAUGUGCCACUUCCUUCGCAAGGCGAAAAGACAAGUGGUCUCCCUUUUUUACACUCUGAGUGGCAAACCUCGGGGCUUUCGUGGAGUGGGAAGAGCCAGAGAAGCAGAAGAAGCAAGGGAGAGGAAGGCCAACGGUCCGGGAAGACAUGAGAGGAGAGCAGUGCAAAGGCCCGGUCCAACGUGUUCUUAUCACAAUGAACCAGACCACAUGUCGCCAGCAGAACCCACCGCUCUCACUGCCACCUCAGCAGCAGAUGGCUGCCCUCAGUGCACAAUGGCACUGACACUCAAAGGCGGAGUGAGGCCAGUUUGCAGUGGUGCCAGCAAUGAAACAGAAGCCUCAGAGGAAACAGAAAAGGAGGAUGACCAGACUGACAGUAAAGAAAAGGGCAAUAAAGGCCACAUCCGUUCAGAGAUCAGAGUGGGCAGCCAUCCAAAGAGGGAUUGCAAGCAAAUAUGGCAUGAUAUAAGGAUGAAGCUGUGGGGCAUCGUCGAAAGCAAGUACUUCAACCGAGGCAUCAUGAUAGCCAUCCUGAUCAACACCAUAAGCAUGGGCAUAGAGCACCACCAGCAGCCGGAGGAACUCACAAAUGUCCUGGAAAUCUGCAACAUCGUCUUCACCAGCAUGUUUUCUUUGGAGAUGAUUCUCAAGCUUACAGCUUUUGGCUCUUUCAACUACCUGAGGAACCCAUACAAUGUGUUUGAUGGAAUUAUUGUGAUAAUAAGUGUUUGUGAGCUUGUUAGUCAGUCAGACGGAGGUUUGUCUGUGUUGAGGACCUUCCGACUGCUCAGGGUGCUGAAGCUGGUCAGGUUUAUGCCAGCUCUCAGGAGACAGCUGGUGGUACUGAUGAAGACCAUGGACAACGUGGCUACAUUCUGCAUGCUGCUAAUGCUCUUCAUCUUCAUCUUUAGUAUCCUUGGGAUGCACAUCUUUGGCUGUAAAUUCAGUCUGAAGACAGAGACUGGGGACACGAUGUCAGACAGGAAAAACUUUGACUCACUGUUGUGGGCCAUUGUCACUGUUUUUCAGAUUCUGACUCAGGAGGACUGGAAUGUGGUUUUGUACAAUGGUAUGGCAGCCACCUCACCACUGGCAGCUCUUUAUUUUGUGGCACUCAUGACCUUUGGAAACUAUGUGCUAUUCAACCUUUUGGUGGCCAUCUUGGUUGAAGGAUUUCAAGCAGAGGGUGAUGCCAAUCGCUCCUAUUCCGAUGAUGACCACUCCUCCUCCGACUUUGAUGAAAGUGAGAAGCACAACUCUAACACAAGAAUAUGUGCCCUCACUCCAAACGGUCACCUCGAGCUGGGGGUGCCAUCUGGGCCCAGAGGGUCGUAUUCCUCAGAGAAGAGAAGCUUCACCAGCGAGUCCAGGAAGAGCAGUGUGUUGAGCCUGGGGAAGAGCAGCCUGGAGAGACGCUCCCUGUCUUUGCGCCAUGGUCCUGGUUCCAACUACCACAACUGGGGACGACGAUUCCCUCAGACUAGGUGGAGUCGCAGGUCUAGCUCAUACAGCCUUGGUCGAAGGAACUAUGGGUUUGGAGGGAUACCUCAAGUUGGAGGCAGCCUGCGAGUGCAAAGCACCCGUUUCCCCCAUUCUUAUGCCUAUUCUUCUGAGCAGGAAUCCCUUUUAUCUCAUUCCCAACCUCCUCCUCUCCCUCUACAUCCAGCCCCAGCUUCAUUGUUCCUCUCAAGACAUUUUGGUGGAAGGAGGAAUCGACGGUCUCUUUCCCUGGAGUUCCCAGAGCUUCUGAGGGCAGGAGGACAACCUCCUCACAUCCAGAAUCCAGACUCUGACAAAAAGACUGGGUCUGGGGCAUGGGGGUCCCUGAGAGGAGGCUCUGGAACUGGCAGUGGUUUAGGAGUGGACCAUAGAGACUGUAAUGGCAAGGCACCAAGUACACACAAUCAUUUGAUGACAAAUGUCUUCCCUCAAGUCAACGCACGCCAAGAUAGGGCAGACCUCGAUGAAGAGACUGACUAUAGUUUGUGCUUCCGUAUCCAGAAGAUGAUGGAAGUUUACAAACCAGAUUGGUGUGAGAAAAGAGAGGAUUGGUCAGUCUAUCUGUUCUCCCCCCAGAACAAGUUCAGGCUGCUUUGCCAGUCCAUUAUUGCUCAUAAGGUCUUUGACUAUGUGGUUCUGGUUUUCAUUUUCCUCAACUGCAUCACUGUCGCUCUGGAAAGACCAAAGAUUCUUCAAGGCAGUCUUGAAAGAGUGUUUCUUACGGUCUCCAACUACAUCUUUACCGCCAUAUUUGUUGCAGAGAUGACUGUCAAGGUGGUGUCCAUGGGUCUAUAUCUAGGAGAGGCAACAUAUCUCAGGAGUAGUUGGAACAUUCUGGAUGGCUUCCUGGUCUUCGUGUCUUUGAUUGACAUUGUGGUGUCCAUGGCGGGAGGAGCAAAAAUCCUGGGGGUUCUGCGUGUCCUCAGGCUGCUCAGAACUCUGCGUCCUCUCAGGGUGAUCAGCAGGGCUCCAGGACUGAAAUUGGUGGUCGAGACUUUGAUAACUUCCCUCAAACCAAUUGGCAACAUCGUCCUCAUUUGCUGUGCCUUUUUCAUCAUUUUUGGUAUUCUUGGUGUUCAGCUCUUCAAAGGCAAGUUCUUCUACUGUGUGGGUUUCGACGUGAAGAACAUUACUAACAAGUCUGACUGCCUGGCUGCCAAUUACAAAUGGGUUCACCACAAAUACAACUUUGACAAUCUUGGGCAGGCUCUCAUGUCUCUGUUUGUACUGGCAUCAAAAGAUGGCUGGGUCAACAUAAUGUACCACGGUCUGGAUGCAGUGGGAAUUGACCAACAGCCGAUUACCAACAACAACCCUUGGAUGCUGCUAUACUUCAUCUCCUUCCUGCUUAUUGUAAGCUUCUUCGUCCUUAACAUGUUUGUGGGCGUGGUGGUGGAGAACUUCCACAAGUGUCGCCAGCAUCAGGAGGUGGAGGAGGCAAAGCGGCAAGAGGAGAAACGACAACGUCGCAUGGAAAAGAAGAGGAGAAAGGCCCAGAAGCUGCCAUACUAUGCAUCCUAUGGCCGUAUCCGCCUGGCCAUCCAUGCACUGUGUACCAGCCACUACCUGGACCUUGUAAUCACCUUCAUAAUCUGCAUUAACGUCAUCACUAUGUCCCUGGAGCACUACAGUCAGCCACAGUCUUUGGAGACUGCACUGAAGUACUGCAACUACUUCUUCACCUCCACCUUUGUGAUUGAAGCCUCUCUGAAGUUGGUGGCCUUUGGCUUUCGACGCUUUUUCAAAGACAGGUGGAAUCAGCUGGACCUGGCCAUUGUGCUGCUGUCUGUAAUGGGUAUCACCCUGGAGGAGAUUGAGAUCAACGCUUCUCUGCCCAUCAACCCCACCAUCAUCAGAAUCAUGAGAGUGCUCAGGAUAGCAAGAGUUCUGAAGUUACUCAAAAUGGCAACUGGAAUGCGAGCUCUGCUUGAUACAGUGGUCCAGGCUCUGCCUCAGGUUGGAAACUUAGGACUGCUCUUCAUGCUACUAUUUUUCAUCUACGCUGCCCUGGGAGUGGAGCUGUUUGGAGAACUUGUGUGCAAUGCUGACUACCCCUGUGAGGGAAUGAGUCGGCAUGCCACCUUUGAAAACUUUGGAAUGGCCUUCCUGACGCUCUUCCAGGUAUCCACAGGAGACAACUGGAAUGGCAUCAUGAAGGACACCCUCAGGGAGUGCCCACCCGAUCGUCCUGGCAGUGACUAUGACUGCCACACUGGCCUGCAGUUCAUUUCUCCAUUAUAUUUUGUGUCUUUUGUGCUCACAGCUCAGUUCGUUCUGAUAAACGUAGUGGUUGCUGUGCUCAUGAAGCACCUGGACGACUCCAACAAAGAGGCGCAGGAGGAUGCUGAGAUGGAUGCAGAAAUUGAACUGGAGCUGGCGCAGGGAGGACUGUGCUGCAUAAUGGGGGGCAUUGAUGCCAUUGCUGGGGCCACAGGCGCUGCUACUACAGGGGGAAGUGUGGGUAACACUGUCUCUGGAGCAAUCAAUGCAGGGUCAGGCAUGGGUAUGCGUGGUGGAAAGGUGGUAUCACUGCAAGAUGGAGGCAGAGGAGGUGGUGUACCUCAUGAUGGACACAUACAGCACGAAUAUCAGCACAACUCUCCCGCUCAGGAGACCCAGUGGUUGGACAGCGUGUCUCUGCUGAUUAAGGAUUCACUGGAAGGAGAGAUGAUUGACAAUCUCUCUGGCUCGGUCUUUCACCACUACUGCUCCUCUCCUGUAUGUAAGGACUGCAAGAGUCACCCACAAGAGGUCCGGCUGGCAGAGGUGGAGCAAGCGUCGCUGAUGUCGGAGCAGCUGUCGGAUAAGUCAUCUUCUCCCGCUUUGCCCGAUAAUCUCAGCCUGGAUGAUCACAGCAGCUACCAGCUUCUUUUCAGAGGCAGUCAGCACCCGUUUCACAGUGAGUCACCUCUAGCCAUGGGCAGUUCAGAGGGCAGCCUGCAGACCACGGUGGAAGAAGGACUUCGUUGUGGGGUUUCCCGGCUUUGUGACCUGAAUCUACACAGCACCAACCCCAGACAUUCCUUGUGCCCAUCAGGACCACCUGCAGCAGAUCAGGGCGAGCCUUUGCUGAAGAGACGGAGCACCACAACCACCCACCAGGCCUAUCUGAGGCACAAGGAGAACCAGAACAGUGCUAAAGGCAGCAGCAUGAGUGCUGAAUGCCCUCAACAGGACUCAACAAACCAUUCAGUUGAGGUGGUGAGUGUGAAGAAAGGAAGCCGAGGAUACUGCCAGCCCCUUAACAGCGAACACUUGUCGGAGAUGCUGAACAGCCUCUCCUUGAUGUCGUUGUUCAUCCCCUGCUCACUGGCACCAACAUUAAUUAAGAAAUGGAACAGCACAGGCUCUUUGGUCCAGUCUAAUCAUUCAUCCCAGAGGUGUCAAUUUUACACCACUGAUUUCUUAUCCAAUCCCUGGACAAAGGGAAAGGCAAGGGGAACAGAAGAAGACAAUAGUGUGACAGCCUAUGACGAAGAAAGCAGAAUUCAUCCAGCAGACUUGAGCUCCAGGAAAAAAAGAUGAAAAACUUGUUGCUUCUUUGUAAUUGGACUGUUAAAACAUUGGAAUCUCUGGACCUUGACCAGGACAGGGAGAGACCUCCUAACGUGUACUGUGAAAUGAUUCUCCCUUUUUGGUGUUCUGUUCUGUUUCUUGCCUCCUCAGAUUUAGCUACUCGGGAUAUGUCUUUAAAGGCUUCUUACUCCUGUUUUGCACAGGACAUUUGAUUGCUUUCCAAUAGGUUCAACAGUCAUUAGGGGGGGGGGGACUUUAAGCACACCUACAAUUUCACUUUGGUUAUUUAUAUUUAAUCUAUUAUGGCAGAAUAUUCUAAAAGGUCAGUAACAUUUUACUAAAAAGUAUAGCUACGGUGGAGUUAAACUACAAAAACGUAGGGCUUGCCUGACCUGAUGUACCCCCAACCUUUGUGCAAAAAUACCUGUCAGUCUUGGACCUGAGGAAAACUCUGAAGCACAUUUUGUGGAAAAUGUAAUUUUUUUACAGCUAGCUUUUGUUUUAUCAGUUUGUUUUCCAAAUCUCCAUGAUUAACUGUAGUAUUUACUCAUCUCCACUUUAGCAGAUUUGGUGGGUUAUUAAAAUAUGAAAAAAAGAUCUUUUUAAAUUUAAUCUUUAGUCAUGUUUUUUUUUGUCGUCAGGACUGUCUCCAUGAUUAAAAUGGGACCCAGACAAGAAAACUUGCAAAUGGCUUUUUGGAAGAUAAAAUAAAUCAAUUAAAACCA